GGCUCAACCCUUCAGCAGCGGCGAGAGCAAAUAUUAAUUUACGAGAUAAAUCGGCUUCGACGACGCUGUGCCGCUUAUCGUGCGCGCACGCCUGCCUCCUGCGAGUGCAGAGCCACAGGGCGGCGGGCGAAAUCCCCUCGUGGGCCGCUCCAUGCACAGCCACUCCAACCACCAGUGAUCCUGCAUCCGCUGCUCGCAGUCAGUCAUGCUCGCGAUGCGCUGGGGUUCGAACAAGAGACGCUCCUCUCGCAGGAGUUCCUCGCUCGAGUUGAGGGACUCGUUGCUGCAGGCGCCGCCGGCCAGAAGGGACGAGUGUCCCAGUUGGAACUGCCUCAAGUGCGCGUCCAGCGCCGACAGGGCGUCCGAAAGGAUCUACACGCCACUCUGGGAACUGUCCAGCACGCCUAGGGACAAGAGGCGUCUUGGCUACGAUGUCAUCAGACCGGCCACCACGCAGAAAAUCCCUAAUGCCCGCGAGUUUUUGCCGGCUGGAGUGGCCACCUCGACUCCUCUGCGGCCCAAAUCAUUCGCGGCUCCGACAGAUAGCGAGGAUUGGCUCGACCCUCCUGUGGGCCAAACACCUCAUCACACAGCGUUCGCCAUGGACGUCAUGAAGCACGGGAGGAGACGGAGCAGAGACAGCAGUGGAGGUCGUCAGACCCAAUUGCGUUCUCCAAUGGUCCAGAGACCGUCCGCGGCCAAGGUCACCCUGCAGGGGUGGCUCUACAAACAGGGCAGUGAGGGUCUGAUGCUGUGGAAACGCCGCUGGUUCGUGCUUUCCGAGUACUGCCUUUUCUACUACAAAGGACCUGAGGAAGAAAAACUUUUAGGCUCAAUUCUGCUGCCGUCGUACAAAAUUAGCCCCUGUGCUCCGGACGACAGGGUCUUCCGCAAGUUCUCAUUUAAAGCUGAGCACCACAACAUGCGCACAUAUUUUUUUGCUGCUGAUUCACGGGAAAUGAUGGUGCGAUGGAUGAAUGCCAUGAGCCUAGCAUCAAUUUUGCAAACAGCGGUGCCUUCAUGGGAAGAACCUGCGUCAUCCAGUAGACCAAGCGUGUCGUCCGUCUCGCAAAGCGCUGAUGACAGUGAUUCCGGAUUCCACGGUUACCGCUCACCUCGAGGAAACACCACCCCCAGACAGGGUGGUGACGGCGCCAGUGCUAAGGAAGGCGUUGAAACCAAUGGCUGGGGCCCUCCCAACAUGCAACCCCUCUACGCCAACGCACCCCCGAAACCCAAACGCCUACCUCAGGGUGACUCGCCGGAGCCGAGUCCAGAACGGCCCCCGCAUCCCCAACAACUCACCCCUCGAGGAGGAAUUUACGGCGUUUCUCCAAGGUCUCACACUGAGGGGCGCACACCUGACCCUUACGGCCGGCCUCUUGACUACGAGGACGUUUACGGGCGCAAAGGUGCGUGGCCGCCGCCACCGCCGCAGGCGUACAUGAAUGAGCCAAAACUGGACAACCACAAAUCAUCCCCUCAUGAUAAUAAUAACUACGCAAAGCCGCCUCCUGAUGUUACAAAAACUUACGUCAAACCUGUUGGACCUCAGCGACCUCUGGAGCCACCCACAAAACAGCCCCCGCCAGCCACCCUGCCAAAACAGGCCUUCAGGAUGACCAGUCCUGCACCCCCAGUCAAACCCCGGCCCAAACCUCCAGCCGGCCAUCCACCUCGGCCGCACAGUGCAGACUUUUUAGAAACUGACAUUAGGGAUGUGCCACCGAGUGUUGUUCCUCGGAGAGAAAAGAACUCGCGCCCGGUUGAGCGCCCAAAGUCCAGUAUCGAAGUUCACAACGACGAUUACUGGUCGGAGGAGAGUUACGCGCGAAAAAUGAGACAGUCGCUCUACAUGCACGCCCAAGCCCAUUCAGGAAGAACAACUCCUAUGCAGAAACACCCCGGAGAAACCAAGGUUAAGCCACCGACCCACGCAAGACCUGGAGUGGCUCAACCUGACGGACGAGUGGCCGAGGAACAGCAGAUCGUUGGCCCCUCCAGGAGGUACAGUGAGCAAAUGGACAGACAUGGUAAUCAAUUUAUGAGAAGUGCCAGUGCCAGAUUGCCGAGACAUAAGUCAAGGCAUGAACAACAUGAACAAACGGAAGCUCCAGGAAGUGAAAAGAAAAUCCAACAGAGAGAGGAAUCAAUGCAACGUCUGUUGGAGUGGAAGCAGCGAAUGCUUCAGUCCCCUUUGACAAGAAAAUCCUCUCCACGACCCCAUGACAACUCGAUCGCCCAUUCGCCCUUGUCGCACCUUCUGCUGAGGACCCCUGACGCUCCUGCCACCCCUGGCAGCGAUGCCGGUUCAGUGACCUUCAGACCAAGGCGGCAGCCCACCAGAGGUCCAAAUUCGUCGACCUCCAGUCGGAGUCGAAGUCAGGACCCUGGUAGACGGUCUGCGCCUCCCAUCCAAAGAAGAAACUCGUACUCUUCGGACGAUGAGGAUGUCCAGCGGGAGGCCCGCAGUAAUCGACGCCCGAGAAAGUCGGCAACUUCCAGCCAGCAAGCAGGCAGAGUCGACACUGUGGACGAAAGACGAAGGGUGCACACCCCGUCAGGUAGUGCCGUGCUUCCCUUCACCCCUGAUUAUGUGAACAUAAACGCUUUCGGCGAGAAAAAGCAGCACCGAAUCCCACCCGACGUCCACUACUCGCACGAUGCGUACGGCGUCAAGAAAAGCAGCGACACCCUGACUAGGUACGCGCCUCAACAAACCUCCCCAAGCAAGUCUGAGCAGCCAACCCCCAUCCCCACUCAUCUGCACCCGGCGAUUGGUAAAACGACACCCACGACUGCGUCCAUCCAGCGUCUCAUUCCGAUGGAGGACAGAAAUGGCAAACAUUCCGACAGUGGUUACGACUCUCUGAGAGUGCAAGGCGCUGGCGCCGAAAUCAAGAGAACCGUCCCGCCAAAGUCGAGCAUUUUGAGCCAGCCGACAGACGAAUCGCAGUUGAUUAAAGAGUUUUCCUAUCAGUACAUUCACAGUAGCAUAUUUGAAGCCUCUCCGCCGAAAGUAAAAAACAGUCCUGAAGGCGGACAAGAAAGGUCUCCCAGCAGAGUGAAAUUUCAAAUGCAGGAGUCUCCUUCAAAUUACCAAAAUAUAGAGCCACUUUCAUCCCCUGGCAGCAAAUCAACCAUCGAAACCAAAGAGGAGGAGGAAAUUGCGAGUUUGAGAAAAUCACGGCAAAUCAACUUACGCAGUUUUGCCCUUGGUGAGCCGGGCGAGACUGAGAGCGCCCAGCGAGUAUCAAAGUCGCCUCCGAAAAGUGGCUCCAGCAACAAUAAUAAAUCUGUGCGAGAUCUGCUGGCCGAUUUUGAGAGAAAGUCGGCUGCUUUGGCCAGGGAACAGGAAAUUAUUUCCGCCAAAGAGGCGAAAAGAUGCGUUUUUAGCGACACGGAGACUUUGCUUUACGACACUUCAAGCGAUGCGGAAAUUAACUACGUGGACGAGAGCAAGCUGAGGAAGAACGUGAGCGAGAUGAAGCAGCAGCGGAGGUGCGUUUCACGCGCCGGCGAACGCAGUGAGGACGACGACGAGGAAAUCGCAGCCGCCCUCGGCAUCAAAGAUGGUUUUGUCAGCUCUGGCAGAGAACUUCACGCGAAAAGAAAGGAGUUGCAAAAUAGAAAGAGAAAGCAGCCUUCAAAGAAGCUGCAGAUGGAAGACUUGCCGGCGCCGGGCUAUACGAGGCUGAGUUUAGCCGAAUCAAUGGUGGCGCACGAAGACAGUGCGUCAUCCAGGAGUUCGCCAAGUCCGAAUCCGCCAGUUUCGGAGAGAAUAAAAACGCCGGAAAUUUCCGUUGCUGCUGCCGAGGAACACUACCUGCCAAUGACUCCAUCCAAAAAGUCAAUACUGGAGCAAAACGGACCCGUUUUACAGUUGGAGGAGUGCUCGUAUGUUGAAAUGGGUGAGGAUGGUGUUAAAACGCUUAAUUCAGUUUUUGAGAGAAACGAUAGCGCAAUUUGCCAGGAGAUGAAAUACUUUGAAAUCGAUACCAGCAAAAAAUCAGAAGAGGAAGAUUCGCACUAUGAGUUCCUUUAUAAGGCGACUACAAAAUACGAACCUGUCUACAUGGAGGUGCCACCGAUCGAUCCCUUGAAGCCUUUGAGUCUUUCCCUGCCAAAGAUGGACAGUUUGCACAUCGAGCACAGCAAAACUUCCAGCACUUCGUCCAGCAGCAGAACAGUCGUCUACAAUGAAGGCGCCAGCGAUACUCUGCGCGCCCUGCCGGACAUUUUGAACUCCACUUCAAGUCAGAAGGACAAGUCGGACAGUGAUGACGCCGAUGAUGAGGCUUCUAAAGACUUGGAAAACCUGGACACGCCUCACCACCCGCGUUUCAGCCUCUCGGACACCUUCCGUCCAGCUUCCUAUUAUUUAGGCGUUGGUAGUCGCAACAAUGACCCCCACGACUCGUCGGACAGUGAUUUGGUGUCUCCACCUCCGAUACCAUCCACUUUGCCGCCGCUGGAUGACGAAGACGAAGAUUUUUCCCUCGACCUGAGCAGACAUUCUCACGGUUCUCAAGAUGUUCAAAAGUGGCCAGAAAAUAAUUCUUUCAGCAGCCUCCGUUCAGCUCCUGGAAGGUCCUCGAUGGACGGCAGUGAAGCAGACAGACUGAAACGCAGACCAGUAUCUGAGGAGCUGUUGGACAGUUUUGAAGAGAGCAGUUUUCUGACUGAUUAUACCAAAUAUGGAAUUUCCGAAAGUGCUUACCACAAAGAUAUAAUUGCGCAGGACGAGAAUAUGUACGCCACAAACAAACCUCUGCCCAAAGACCUGAAGUCAGACCUUCUAUUCAGGGAGAUAUUUCCACCCAGUGUUAGUCAGCCAGUGACGUCUGUUGUGGUCGAGGACGAAAAUCAAAAUGGAGCUCGGAGCAGAAGUCGGGCUGAAACUUCGCCAGGUAAAAAUGAGGCUGCCGGUGGGGCGCCCUAUUAUUACUCUGACCUGCUAAAAGUAAUGGACGAGGAGACUAACUCGAUGUACGACAGGUACCAACAGCACGCUGUUAAUCAGUUGCGCCCAAGCUCGAGGCUGAACAACCAAAGGAACGACGGCCUCGAAGGAAAACGCAGCGACGUCGGCCGUCACGUCAACCCCAUUCCUUUGCUAAACGGAAUUUUAGAUCUGAACGACCCCAAUUUAAUAGCUGAAGAAAUCAGAAAUACAACUGCAGGGCUCGUCUCUAAAAGCGUUCCGGUUGACGAGCGAAAUAUUUACGAGGCGGACACGCUGAGAAAAAUGGCUCAAAAGCGGCACCUGCAGAGGCGCAGGUCAAAAACACCUGACCCUGAUAUUGCAACGAGAAACCUCUACCCUGCAGGCCUGCGAGAUAAAUUUGAGUCUUCGUUUGAGGCGCGCCGCCGCAGCCGCUCGUUGGAAGGACUUGUUGAUGUUGAAGAAGGUCUUCAGCAGCCCUUGGAAUUGGAGCCAACCAACGAAGGCGCCGACCCGUGGGAAGAAGACACCCUUUGGAGGGAGUCCCUGAGACGAGUUAGUAUUAGGCACACCCGAUCUCUGGAUGACCUCGAUGAAAACGAAUCGCCACCGGCGCCGGCACCAGGCCCUUCAGGUCGCAGAAGCGUUGACCACCUUGCCGGUGCUCAGAGGCCGGCUAAAGUGACCCGGGACGUGACCUACGUGAACGACGUGGCUGUCAGACCACGGAUGAUUCGUUCCAAAGAAUUGUACGAGAGCGACUACAGGGAGGGACGCAGGAGCGCGUCCAGGCAAAAUCAAGUGCCGCCACCGCCGCCACCUGAGGAGGACUCGGGCCUCUACGAACGGCUGCUGCCGACGGAAAGCAUGGAGCGAAACCGCCGCGGCCAGACCUACGUGGACAGAUACGAGUUCGACGUGGACAACGAGAUGUUCCGGCCACCAGCGGCACAAAACGGCAGCCAACAGCCGCAUUUUUUAGAGGAAAGCCUUCCUCCCUCUUUCGAGAUCGACCGCGAGAAACUGCGCCAGUGGGACCUUCUGUCGAGCGCCCCUCUGGAGGACGGCGCCACCCCAGCAGCAGCAGCAGCUCAACCGCGAGUCCAUCCAACCGAGGGGGGCCCCGUGGGCCUCAGCAAUGGCCCUCAGAGUCCGCAAACCAACAGACAGGGGGGAGGGAGGCAACCUACGGUAACUACCAAACAGCCAAUUACCAAAAGCAAAGUCCAGAGCGACCAGCAGUCAUUAGGAGGCUCAGGUUCGGGGUCGAUUCAGGACAGCAUUCCAGCUGUGCGGAGCCACCGCCAGCAGCAGCGGCCGUCACCAACGACCGUGCAGCCAGUAGCAGCCGCACCGACCCAGGAGGAUAUGGGCGGCGGAGGUCACGCCGUGUUUAAGCAUGGGGCAGGUCUCGGCAGCCGGGGAGCCUCGCCCAAACUAAAUCCGGCUGCUGGACUUUCACCCUUGCCGCCAGGACUUUACGGUCCUGAAGAUGGCCACAACACCUCCGACUCGGAACUGGCACGCAGGCCGUUUGCAAAAGCCGGAAUUUCGCCGCUGAACAAAGUGUCUGCUGGCGCCCUUCUUGGUAGAACGCACGAGGAAUUGGUUUUACUACUGAUCCAACUUAGAAGAGAAAGUUCUUCGUUGAGUCGGGCGGCAGAGUUGUGUCGAACAGAGAUCCUUAGCCAGGCACGUUUGGCUGAGCUUGACGCAGCAAGGAGGGCUGAGCACUUGAGGCGCCUUGAGGAUCUCAAGAGGCACUUGCAGGAGAUUGAGAAACAAUAUGAAAAGGGGAAGCCGUUGGUGAACUUGGUGGACAACAUGGUCAAACUGGGCUCCAUGUACAGAGGCUCUUCAAUCAAUUCACUGCCAAGAAAUUCUGCAAUUACGCCACCACCCAUGCAGCGGUACGAUUUCAACCUUCAUGAUCAAAGGUUGAUGGCCGACGAUAGGAGAGACUGGAACAGACUCAGCCCACCUGAACACGCAGAACUCCAGGCCAAAAUGCAACAAUUCUACCACAUGGAGCGGCAACUGCAAGAGCAAACGCUCAUUCUCCAAAACCUUCAGCAGGACAAGACCCUUCUGCAAAGGGCGUUGGGAGGGUUGAGGCACAAAUUGGCCACAAGCACCGGUGCUGAGGCUGACAGGUUCAUCCAUCAGCAAAGGUUGCUGGAAAGAGAGUUUAGCAGAGUCAGACAUCUUUUAGCCAUGCACUCGAAGAAAAUGGAGGACAUUGUGGUGGAUAAUGCCAGGAUAGAGCAUGACAUAAUGAUGCUGCGCCAGAAGCAGAUGCAAGCGUCCAGAAUGAUGGAGCGCUCAGCCACACCAACUAUGAUGGUGCAGGGCACGUCAGCUGCAGCAUUGGAGUUGGAGCUCAGGAGGGUCCAGACUCUGGUUGGUGACCUGCAGAGGCAAAGACACGACCUCAGUGCCCAGGUGAAGCAGUUGACGGAAAAGAGACACAGCUUAACGCAAACACCAGAGCUCAGGGGCAAAAUCCGUUCAUCAACUUCUCCCAAUAAUUCUCCAGCCUCGUUGCCAUCCACCCCUAGACUACGGAGGCCAUCUUCCUCUUGGCUGGAGACUGACCUUGACUCGAUGCACACCGAGGACCUGGGAAUCAACACCGACUCUCCGCUUUCACCUCUUACGGAUCCGAGAGCACCUUUAUACGUCAACACAGAAAUUAUGGACUAUUCUCCAAAUGGCAAAGAUCCAAUCACCCCUGACGAUUUGUCCCCGCCACCCCCUCCAGCCCCAGAAGAUCCCUCUCUAUACAAUGGAUCUGCAACCACUUAUUACGAGCCCCAGGACAUCAGUGAGGCUGACGACAGAAUGAAGAGAUUCUAUGGCAUAAUUCCGAAAACUGAAAAGGCUGAAAUAAAAACAGUGAGAAUCGUGAAGCGCGAGUCUGAGCGCCGCAACAGGGUAAAGCAACGUCCCAGUAUGGAAAUGGACCUCAGUCGAGUGACUGAGGAAGACCAUCCCCCUCCUCCCUCCGAGUUGGAAUUAUCCCUGCUGAUGGAACUGCAGGCCCAACAAGACCAGCAGGCCAUUGACCCUCAUGUCUUCCAACGUUCUCUUUCACUGCCACGGGGCUUUGGAAAACAACCGCCACCACCACCUUCGAGGACAAUGUCACCGAGAAGUGACAACAUUAAUUUACGAGCAAGCAGGACAAUGAGCCCUCAAGGCGAGCGCCCGUUGUCCGCGCACGCCCAGCUCUUCGGCAGCACAGACGAAGAGAGCCCUCGCCUUGUUGACGAAGGGGUGUUCGUCGAAGGUAGCUCCAGUUCCGGCCCCGUUUCCCCAGUGUACCAAAGUGAAGCGGCCAGAGCCAUUGUGCAGGAGAUGACGAGGAGGCGGGCGGUGCCGAAAACCAAAAGGCGGCACCACACUGUGACCGGCGGUGGCCAGCAGCAGGACAAAGCAGAGGCCAACAUGGGCUCAGGUGCUAGGGCAAGAGAUGACUUGGACAUGGAACGCGCCCUGAGGAGGAGGGUGGCUGGAGCUCCUGAUGUGGUGCGCUCAACUCUCAGCCAGAGAGAGCUCAAGUACAAUGAAACCACCAUUGACAAUCUUCUAGGCACUCCUAAUAAAAUUGUGAUCCCAGAGAGAUAUGUACCAGAAAAGGAGCCAGAAUUGUCUGCCGAAGAACAGCUCCAGAGGCUACGCAAAGCAGAAUCCAUUAGAAAAAUGCUCUCAGAAACUACCCCACAUACCUCAGAAAGCCAAGCACAAUCUCCUAACAAUGAUGGGAGCGGAGAAGAAGUCAAUUCCACCAUGAAGCUCAAACUGGCGGCCGAGAAGAAGCAGCGCGAGCACCUUUUGCAGCUGAACCAGAUUUUGGCCCAGCAAGUUAUGGAAAAGAGCAAAAUGGUUGCAGCUCGAGCACUAGAAAUUACUCCAAACAAGGAGACAAGCACAGAGGAGGACGAUUCGUCGCCUAUAUCUGAACUGCCGUUUGUCCAGCACAGGGACAAUUUUUUCUCCUGAGUUCACCAGUUCCAAACAGAACAAAAUGUGCACUGAAUAGAUCAUCAAUUGUUAUACACCAUCUCCAACUCACAGGCUACUAAAAUGAUUUGUUCAUCAAGUGCCUACAUGUGCCAUUUCAUCAGUUAAAUUCAAUGAAUUAGGAAACUACUUAAAUUACUCAAUCAUCGACACAGUAGUUGCUCACUUUUGAACGCACAACAAAAGACGUCAAUUAAAACUAGAUUAUUAUCAUUAUUAUUAUUGUUACUCUCUGCGUUUAGCUCAUGUACACGAGGAAAAAUCAGGCAUUUAUGUUGAAGCAGCGUUGUUUUGAGCAAGCUAUGAUGUGUAUAAUAUUAUAUAUAGGCCAUAAAUUAUUGAUUGCGAUAAAAAAAUUCCCAUUCAAUCUGAUAGAGUCUACAGGUUUUAUUGUAUUUUAAUUUUAACUUGCGUAUAAAACUGUUGUUAAACAAAGAAAUUGAUGUAUGAAUUAAUAUAACAAAAUCUACCUAAGGGAAAUUUAUUGUUCUACCGUUAAUGUGAGACGUGAUCAUUAAGUGAAAAAAUAUACGGGGAGGUUGUAAAUUGCGGUAAACUGUAUAAUUCAAUGUUUGGGGCAAUAAAAGAUCAAUAAAAAAAUGUGAACGAAAUAACCAAAAUAAUUAA